AUGUCGUUUCGCGUGGGCGCCGGCGAAAACGCAGAGGCGGAGGCGAGAAAUCGGGCGGCGGCGUUCACCGCGAGCGCGGCGUUCGACGCGUGGGUGCGCGGGACGAAGUGCGUGCCGGGACCGAAGAAAGCUGGAUUGGGUGGGUCUCGUGUGCGGGCUAAGAAGCAUCCGUACGCGUACAGCGGGAUCAUGGGCGACGACAUCAUUGAUUGCGUGUGCGGCGACAACGAGGAGUACGGGUUCAUGGUGGCGUGCGAGACGUGCGGGGCUUGGGAGCACGGCGAAUGCUGUAGAAUCUACGCCGAGGAAGAAAUUCCGAAAGAUUACAAGUGCUCUUCGUGCGUUCGUCGGAGCGAGAAGGUGGUCGUGUUGCUCGAGUUUGCGUCGGAUGACAAAGCCGCGUCGCUGCGAACGGCGCCCACCCCGGUGCGCUCGCCCGAAGGCGACGAGAUUAAAGACGAUUAUUUUGGUACUAUAGACGGUGUCGCCGCGUUGCUAAAGGAAGAUCGCAUCGCCGUGUGCUGCGUGUGUGGAUGCGAAGAUUGCGAUGGAGAGUAUGGUUCAAUGAUUCGAGCGUGCGCGUGCGACAGCGGCGGCGCCAUCGCGCACGAGAGCUGCAUGAAGAAUUGGAGCGAUAAGUACUCACCACAAAAAGCAGGGAAUGGAAGGUCACGCACGACGUCUCGAGCGCCCGACACCGUGCGCUGCAAAGCGUGUGGUGACGUAGGUGGAAAAGCUUCUGGUGUCACCGAAGUCGCGAAGCUUGAUGAAAUGCUGAAGGCGUUCGGCAAAGCCGUCGACGACACCUCGUCGAGAUACGAAGCCGAAGCCAUGGCGUAUCGCGCCAACCCACGACCGCGCCCUAGAACGCCCGUCGUUGAGACUAAGCCGAAGAAGGAGAAGCCUAAAGUCGAGAAGAAGAAGGUUCCCGCGGAGAAGCCAGCCCAAACGCAAGCUGAGGCUGCGCCGCCGACGCCGAAACCCUCCGUGAAGGAAGAAAAGUUUUCUGGAACGCCGCUGUCUAUGUUACCUUUGAAGAAGAGGCGCAUGAUGGCGUGGCAUUCCGAACAAACUGGACUUAGUGAAAACGUCAAGCACGAGCUCAAGAAUAAUAUCGCAGUGUGA